AUGGUCCGCGAAAGCAAAUAUUACGAUCUCCUCGAGGUCCCCGCUGACGCCUCCGAGGCCGAUCUCAAGAAGGCCUACAGAAAAAAAGCUCUCCGUCUUCACCCAGACAAGGGUGGCGAUCCCGAGUUGUUCAAAGAAGUCACUCAUGCAUAUGAGGUCCUCUCCGACCCCCAAAAGCGUAACGUAUACGAUGCACGGGGAGAGGCUGGCUUGUCAGAAUCGGGCGGCAUGGGAGGCAUGGAUCCUCAGGACCUCUUCUCUCAACUCUUUGGCGGCGGCGGCGGCUUCUUCGGAGGCGGUCCACGGCAGUCGGGCGUCCGGAAAACAAAGGACCUCGUUCACCGAGUGCAUGUCACCCUCGAAGAUCUAUACAAGGGCAAGACGACCAAAUUGGCUCUUACCCGCAACGUUCUUUGCUCCAAGUGUAAUGGAAAGGGCGGAAAAGAGGGUGCUGUGCGCUCUUGCGGUAACUGCAGCGGUCGCGGUAUCAAGGUUACCCUUCGUCAAAUGGGCCCCAUGAUUCAGCAGAUCCAGUCUGCUUGUGAUGAGUGUUCGGGAACCGGCGAGGUCAUUAACCCCAAGGAUCGCUGUGGUAACUGCAAGGGCAAGAAGGUCAUGCCUGAAAAGAAGAUCCUCGAGGUUCACAUCGACAAGGGUAUGAAAGGUGGUCAGACCAUCCAGUUCUCCGGCGAAAGCGAUCAAGCACCUGGUGCCCAGCCAGGCGACGUCGUCAUUGUGAUUGAAGAAAAGCCGCAUGACCGGUUCAAGCGCCAGGACAACAAUCUCAUCACGGACAUCGAAGUCGACUUGCUGACCGCUCUCGGUGGUGGUCAAAUAGCUAUACGACACCUAGAUGAACGGGCUCUUCUCAUUAACUUGCACCCCGGUGAUGUUGUCCAGCAUGAUUCCGUCAAGGUUAUCCGGGGCCAGGGCAUGCCCUCGAAGCGGCACCACGAGCCGGGUGACCUCUACGUCAAGUUUACUGUCGCAUUCCCCGAAAGGAUGGAUCCCUCGGUGAUCCCCUUGCUGGAGCGCGCUUUGCCACCACGAAAGCCGAUUGAAAAGUUCGGCAAGGGCAUCGACUUGGAAGAAGUCGAACUGGAUGAGCCCGACGCGCGGAACAAGGCGCAGGCGAUGGCGGAUGACGCGAUGGACGAGGACCAGGAUGGAGAGCCACGCGUACAAUGCGCAAAUCAGUGA